UUCAGAAAUCAUGCGCUCCCUAGCAUUCGCAGUUGUAAUCUUUGCCGGGAUCCUGGCCUACAGCAGUGCAGCUCCUCAGAUUACUCGCGGUGAUCUGACCUGGCUGGAGAACAUUCUAAGAGGCUUAGGAUCCCAAAAUUCCACCAUCCGGUUCGGCAACAAUACUCUGAUCGUGUCGGGAGUCUCCACAGCUAGUGCCAACGUCAAUCCGUCUCCAGUAGAGCCCCAUCGUCCCCAUUAUCAAAAUAAUCCAUGGGGUAACAACCCUGGCUACGGCUACGGUGGUUACUGGCGUAUGGUUCCAUCUGUGGAUGGCGAAAUCGUUGAAGAGCCAGAGAACAGCAACUCUUAUGACUCAAAUGAUUUUGCCUUUGAUCUGACUGAGGAUGAAACUGUUGAGGACAUCAUCGAAGAGGACGAGUAUAACGAGGAUCAAACUAGCUCAGAGGCUGAGGAUGAGCUCGAUGGAGAUGAUUUUGGGCAGGAGGAUAUGAAUGAAUCUCAGGAUGAAGAGGUCGAUCCUGAAGAAGAGGCCGCUGACAAGGAAUUAGAUGAUACCGAAAGCGAAUUGCCCGCCGAGAAAGAAAACUAACUGCUGAGCCUGAGAAUGAGAGUACAUCAGCAAGCCAGACAAUAGUUAAUUCAAUUACACCUACUCCCAUUUUAGUGCAAAAAAUUUUAAUUUAUCACUCCAUAUUUUUGGGAUC